GGGGCCGAGCGGGCCGCGCCGCGCCGGGCCGGGCCGGGCCGCGCCGGUGGCGGCGGCGGCGGCGGCGCGGGGCCCCGCCAUGGCCCACUUCGAGACGCAGUACCAGCGCCUGGAGAGCUCCUCCACCGAGUCUCCCCCCGGCGGCGGCGACCUGCUCGUCCACGUCCCCGAGGGCGCCAAGUCUCCGUGGCAUCACAUCGAGAACCUCGACCUGUUCUUCUCUCGCGUCUAUAACCUGCAUCAGAAGAAUGGCUUCACUUGCAUGCUCAUUGGAGAGAUCUUUGAGCUCAUGCAGUUCAUCUUUGUGGUGGCAUUCACCACUUUUCUUAUCAGCUGUGUUGAUUAUGACAUCCUCUUUGCCAACAAAGCAUUAAAUCACAGCCAGCAUCCCACUGAGCCCAUUAAGGUGACUCUGCCAGAUGCCUUCCUCCCUCCAAAUGUCUGCAGUGCAAGAAUCCAGGCAAACAGCUUCCUCAUCUGCAUCCUGGUGAUAGCUGGGGUUUUCUGGAUCCACCGACUCGUCAAAUUUAUCUACAAUAUCUGCUGCUACUGGGAGAUUCACUCUUUCUACAUCAAUGCCCUGAAGAUCCCCAUGUCCACCCUGCCCUACUACACCUGGCAGGAGGUGCAGGCCCGCAUUGUGCAGAUCCAGAAGGAGCACCAGAUCUGCAUCCACAAGAAGGAGCUGACAGAGCUGGACAUCUAUCACCGCAUCCUCCGCUUCAAGAACUACAUGGUGGCCAUGGUGAACAAGUCACUGCUGCCCAUCCGCUUCCGCCUGCCUCUGCUGGGAGACACCGUCUUCUACACACGUGGGCUCAAGUACAACUUUGAGCUCAUCUUCUUCUGGGGUCCCGGCUCCCUCUUUGAGAACGAGUGGAGCCUGAAGGCUGAAUACAAGCGGGCCGGGAACCGCCUGGAGCUGGCUGAGAAGCUCAGCACCCGCAUCCUCUGGAUUGGCAUUGCUAACUUCCUCCUCUGCCCCCUCAUCCUCAUCUGGCAGAUCCUCUAUGCUUUCUUCAGCUACACGGAGAUCCUGAAGCGGGAGCCGGGCAGCCUGGGUGCCCGCUGCUGGUCUCUCUAUGGCCGCUGUUACCUGCGUCACUUCAACGAGCUGGAUCACGAACUGCAUUCACGCCUCAGCAAGGGGUACAAGCCAGCUUCCAAAUACAUGAACUGCUUUAUCUCCCCGCUUCUCACCAUCGUGGCCAAGAACGUGGCCUUCUUUGCUGGCUCCAUCCUGGCUGUGCUCAUCGCUCUCACCAUCUAUGAUGAGGACGUGCUUGCGGUCGAGCACGUCCUGACCACGGUCACCCUGCUCGGGGUGGGCAUCACCGUGUGCAGGUCUUUCAUCCCUGACCAGCACCUGGUCUUCUGCCCAGAGCAGCUGCUGCGAGUCAUCCUGGCACACAUCCACUACAUGCCUGACCACUGGCAAGGCAAUGCCCACCGCUACGAGACCAGGGACGAGUUUGCCCAGCUCUUCCAGUACAAAGCGGUCUUCAUCCUGGAAGAGCUCCUGAGUCCUAUCAUUACCCCUUUGAUCCUCAUCAUCUGCCUGCGGCCCAAGUCCUUGGACAUUGUUGACUUCUUCCGUAACUUCACCGUGGAGGUGGUGGGUGUGGGUGACACCUGCUCCUUUGCCCAGAUGGACGUGCGCCAGCACGGCCACCCUGCGUGGAUGUCAGCAGGAAAGACGGAGGCCUCCAUUUACCAGCAGGCAGAGGACGGCAAGACGGAGCUAUCCCUCAUGCACUUUGCCAUCACCAACCCCAAGUGGCAGCCACCCCGCGAGAGCACAGCCUUCAUCGGCUUCCUGAAGGAGCGGGUGCACCGGGACAGCAGCGUGGCCCUGGCUCAGCAGGCUGUGCUCCCUGAAAACGCCCUCUUCAGCUCCAUCCAGUCCCUGCAGUCGGAGUCAGAGCCUCACAGCCUGAUUGCCAAUGUGAUAGCAGGCUCCUCAGCACUGGGCUUCCACAUGAGCCGGGACGGACAGGCUUCCCGCCAUCUCUCAGAAGUGGCCUCGGCUCUGCGUUCCUUCUCCCCACUCCAGUCUGCCCAGCAGCCUUCCAGUGGCUUCCAGGCAUCGGGAAGGGACGGAGAGGCAGCCCAGCCUCGUGGUGCCAGUGCCAUGACAGCCUCUGGUGCUGAUGCAAGGACCGUGAGCUCGGGGAGCAGCGCCUGGGAGGGUCAACUGCAGAGCAUGAUCCUGUCAGAGUAUGCCUCGACUGAGAUGAGUCUUCAUGCACUCUACAUGCACGAGUUGCACAAGCAGCAUGCCCAGCUGGAGCCCGAGCGGCACACUUGGCACCGCCGGGAGAGUGACGAGAGUGGGGAGAGUGCCCACGAAGAGCUGGACACUCAGCGGGGUGGCCCUGUCCCCAUUCCCCGCUCUGCCAGCUACCCCUUCUCCUCACCACGGCAGCCUGCUGAGGAGACAGCCACGCUGCAGACUGGCUUCCAGCGGCGAUACGGUGGCAUCACAGACCCAGGCACAGUGCACAGAGCCCCAUCACAUUUCUCCCGCCUUCCUCUGGGAGGCUGGGCCGAGGACGGGCAGUCAGCGAGGCACCCAGAGCCUGUGCCAGAGGAGAGCUCAGAGGAUGAGCUUCCGCCACAGAUUCACAAGGUAUAGCCUGGUAGACUGGGCAUCUCAUGGGGCUUGCAGAUUGGGAGCCACCUGGACAGCAGGAUGUGGCAUGGGCUUGAUUCUUCUCCUGUACUGAGUGGACAUUUUGUUGCCAUCAAUUGCUGAAGAGACAAAACUUGCCAGGCCAGCGUCUUUGCUGUGGCACCUUGUGUCUAGCCAUGUGUCAAGUCAACGCCACUCUGACUUGUGGGGUGAAUGCGUGUGUGAGUACAUAGCUGUGUCUGUGUUCACAUCUGUGUCGUCCGUGUCGGAGGAUCUCUGCAGAGCCUCUGGAAACUGAUGUGAUGGGACUAGCAGUGAGGAGCUGCUGGUGGACUGCUUUGGAGGUGGCAGCAGCAGCUGCUCUUCAAAGAGACGGGAGAUGGCAUCAGCUCCAUCCAGAUGUGCGCCCGAAGCUGGGACCUGCCGUCAAAAUGAGGGCAGGAGUUGUUGAGGGUGGUCUGAGGGAGCUCAGCCUGUAGCACCACUCUGCCCUGCCUGCAGCCCUGAGAAGGUGCCUAGGACCAUGUUAGUCCUCCUAGAGAGGACCAGUGUUGUGCCUCUCAGCCCAGAGCAGGACAACAGUUGGGCAGUCACCCAGCCCUCUGUCCCUGCACCCUGCAGAGGGGUGGGCCCUGGUGGCUGCUGCUGGUAUGAGUACAGGUGAGAUACAGAGCUGGUGGGAAGAGCUCUGGUUCGAUCCAGGAUGCUGCAGCUCUUCCCUGACUCAUGACAGCUGGCCCAUUCCCUGCAUGGAAGAAAGGGCCAUUGGAGUGAUGCCUCCAUGCCAGGGCAGCAGCAUCCUCCCAUGUUUGGCACCUAUGGGAUGUGGGCUACUAGUGGGCCCUCCUGCAGUGCCAAAGAGACCCCAGUGUGGAGCAGCCUGGCAUCUUUCGGGAGUGCUCACAGCCCACUCAGAGCCCACCCUGAAGGUCUUGUGCUCUGUGUGUUGGUUCCUUUUCUCCAGGCACAAAAAAGGCCUUUUUCCCAUGCCUGGGUGCUGUUGUAUUGGUUGUGUCCUUCUGAUGCAGCUGUUCCUGUGGAACCGGGCCUUUCCUCUUCCCCGGCAAAGGGUUUGGUUCAUCUCAAAUCUUGCCCAGAGGUUCCCAGCUCCUCGUUUCCUCCUGAAACCUUCCUUUUGCUUACAACAUGGUUUCAGACAGCUGCUGUGGAGACCAUGCAGCUGUCUCAUGCCUGACAGAGCAAGGAGGGGCAUCCUGAACCCAGAAAGGAGAGGCACACCUCAGCCCAGACUUGGGAUGGUGGUGGGGAGUCAGGAUCCUAGCUGUGCAAUAUAGCCUCAGACCUUCCCACCAUCCUCCUGUUUCCCCUCUUUUCUCUUUGCAGCUUCUGGGGAAUUGCAUCCCAGCUAACUCCUGCCUACGACUUCCUUUCCAUUCCCCUUGCCUCUGGCAGGGGCUGCUUGCUUUUGUCAUGCGCUCUGCGAGCACUGCACACCCUCCUCUGCUGUCUCUGGAGUCCAGGGCCAUCCCUCUUCUCGUGCCAGGGUUAUUGCCCUCUGCCCUUUGAGCCUGGGACAGCUCUAAGCCACCUGCUGCCAGUGUUUCUGCACCUGAGUAGCCAUGAGCAGGGCCAAGGGGCUUGCACAGGGGCAGGCUCUUUGGGGUAGCAGGCUCCUUAUUGCCAUGGGGAGGGCUGGGCAGAGCUGGAGCUACUGGGGUCUGUAUGAGAUCAAACAGAGUCUUCUAAAGCAGAGCUCAGGGUGGGGAUCAGCUCUUCAGUGCUGGGGUCAGGGCUCUGUGAAUGUGGGUGCUGCUGGGGUCCUUCCAUGAAGAAGUGGCUGCAACCGCUCCACAGCAGCUUCAGCUUGGGGCUGUCAUGGCUUGGUGAAAGAAAGCAGAAAGCAAAUCUAGGAACCCAGAUUUUCCAGUGGCUUCUCUUGGUGCCCAGGCUGCUGCCUCCCCUCUCUGGGCCUAUGGGACACUGUGUCUGGGCUUCCUAAUGGAGUUGCUGGUGGUCUGUACAGCUGAACGGCUGGAGGCAGUGCCCUGGGGCAGGGGAAGACUCUGGAUCUUUCCCUGGGCUGGCAGGAGGGAGAUGCCAGGCAUAGCAGGCCCAAGUCUUUGCCGCAUGUUUUGCUUGUGUCGUCAGUGUCCCAUGUGCAUGGCGAGCCACUCUUCCUCAUCUCCUCCUGAGAUGUGCGGGCACGGAGGUCCCUGGGGAGUGCAGUAUCAAACCCCCGUGCCCUCGCUGUACAGCUGUAUAGCCGUCUAAUAAAGAUGGGGUGUAUCAUCCCUGCCUGUGUCCGAGUCUCCCUUCGCUCUGUGGUAGCGUGCAGCCCACCUGCGCCUGCCUUGCGAUGGCGGCAGAAGGCUGGGAGGAGCCAGCCGCCUGCUCCGGCGGCACGGGGAGCUCCCAGGAGGAGGCAGGGGCUAUAUUUAUCCCUG